GUAAUCAAAAGCUUGCAUUCCACAAACAUAUAGUUUUUCAACACCUACUCCUCCUUUCAAUUGAAAAAUGGAGAUAACAUGUGCAAUUGUUUGUGAAAUUUUACUAGCAAUCUUGCUUCCUCCUGUUGGUGUUUGCCUCCGCCAUGGUUGCUGCACUAUGGAGUUCUUGAUUUGCUUGGUGUUAACCAUCUUGGGAUAUGUUCCUGGAAUUAUCUAUGCUCUUUAUGCAAUCCUUUGUGUUGAGCGCGGUCCACCAUCCGAUCAUUAUGACGCUCUUGCUUGAUCCUUGUUGAAUCCACCAUUUCAGAUUCUGUGGUUUUUUUUUUCAUGUUUACUAAUAGUUCACAACUUGUUUGUAUGGUUGUUAGCUAUUGUAUUUUAUCUGUACUGUUACCUUCAAAUAUAAUGUUUGUUCUGAUCGCUA